AUGCACAUAGCAGGAAUAAUAAAGUUACUUCCAGCUACCAGACAAACUGCUUUGUUUAGUGCUACAAUAGAUGACAAGGUAAAGAAUCUUGCAAGACUAGCAUUGAACAACAACCCAAUCCUUAUUUCCAUUCAGGAUAAGGUUAAUACAACAGUUGCAGGUCUCCAACAAGGGUAUUUUAUUUGUCCAAUAGAAGAACGGAUUUCUUGGUUACACAAGAUGCUAAGAAAAUCUAAGAAAUUAAAAGUGAUGGUAUUUUUUUCCUCUUGUAAAUCAGUGGACUUCCACUAUGAAUUCUUCAAAUUGCUUUGCAAGACUUCAUUAUUGAGUAUUCAUGGAAAACAAAGUCAGUUCAAGCGAAAAGAAACUUAUAGAAAUUUUGUAGAAGCAAAAAUGGGUGUUUUAUUUUGCACUGAUGUUGCAGCUAGGGGUUUAGAUAUUCCAUUUGUUGAUUGGGUCGUUCAAUUUGAUCCACCUACAGAUGUAAAGGAAUAUAUCCACAGAGUUGGGCGCACAGCAAGAGGUAUAAAUACAACUGGCAAUGCAGUACUAUUAUUAAGGCCUGAGGAAGAGACAUUUAUAGAUUUUCUGAAGAACAAAAAAAUCUAUUUGGACAAAUACAAUUUUGAAAAACCUACCGAAAGAAUAAUGCUAAAGCUUCAAGAUUUAAUAAAAACCAAUGGUGUUAUGAAAAUUCUAGCAAGAAAAGCUUACUUGUCAUUUCUGAGAUGUUACAAAAAACACUUAUUAUCCAAAUUCUUUGACAUUGAUAAAAUGGAUUUAGAGUUGGCGGCGAAAGCUUUUGGAUUUUUAGAAACACCGCAUGUUGACUUUUUAGGCAACAAGAAGAAA